AGUUUCCAGCGACCGUGAGAGAGUCUGGACGGACUUCUCCUCCUGAUGAGUGUAACCUCACCACAGCGGACACGCACUGGGAUCAUACAAAAAGAAAAGACAAGUAUUCAGCUUGGACUUGUGUUUGGAGGAGUUGUUUGGAGUCGAGCGGCUCUGCAUAGAGAAGAAAAGAAAUUAAUUAAAUGGGAAUAUAGGGAAUUAAAUAGAGACUUUGGGUGUUUCUGUGCGUCUGCGUCUGCAAACCCAUCCUGAGAGCGCACUGGAAAACUUGCACUCACUAUUGACUUCAAUGUUCACGUCUGGAGUGGUAAUGUCUUGACUCGGCGACCUUUCCAGCCCAGUAAAGGACGUGCCAGUGCCGGCUGCUGCUAAUGGGAACUCCUGCUCCGCCAUGAGUGUUCGCGAUGGCGUUGGUGGCGCCAGUGGCAUGGGCACCCUGGGCCGGCGGCCGCGCUUCGAGAACUCCGAGUUCACCCUGCGCAUCUACCCGGGCGCCCUGGCCGAGGGCACCAUCUACUUACCGAUCAGCGCCCGCAAGACCACCACAGCCGCCGAGGCCAUCGAACGCGUCAUUGAACGCCUGCAGCUGGACCGCACCAAGUGUUAUGUUCUGGCCGAGGUGAAGGAGUUCGGUGGAGAAGAAUGGGUGCUGAACCCCUGCGACUGUCCCGUGCAGAGGAUGAUGCUCUGGCCACGCGUUGCGUUAGAGCACCGCCCGCUAUCUGGCGGCGAGGAUUACCGAUUCCUCCUCAGGCAGAAGAACCUGGACGGCUCCAUUCACUAUGGCGGCAGCCUCCAGAUGUGGCUGCAGGUCACGGAGGAGCGGCGGCGCAUGGUGGAGCGAGGACUGCUGCCACAGCCGGAUUCUCAGGGGGACCACGCCGACCUGUGCCACCUGCCGGAGCUCAACGAGCGCUCGCUGCUGGACAACCUGCGCUCGCGCUUCCGCCAGGAAAAGAUCUACACUUACGUUGGAAGCAUCCUCAUCGUCAUUAACCCCUUCAAGUUCCUGCCCAUCUACAACCCAAAGUAUGUGAAGAUGUACGAUAAUCACACACUGGGCAAUUUGGAGCCACAUAUUUACGCCGUGGCGGACGUAGCGUACCACGCCAUGCUGCAGAGAGAGAGAAAUCAGUGCAUUGUUAUAUCUGGGGAGAGCGGCUCUGGGAAGACGCAAAGCACCAACUUUCUCAUUCAUCACCUGACCGCUCUCAGCCAGAAGGGAUUCGCCAGUGGAGUGGAGCAGAUCAUCUUGGGGGCCGGGCCAGUGCUAGAGGCAUUUGGGAACGCAAAGACAGCCCACAAUAACAACUCGAGUCGAUUUGGCAAGUUCAUCCAGGUGAACUACCAGGAGAGCGGCACUGUGAGAGGAGCAUAUGUGGAGAAAUACCUGCUGGAGAAGUCGAGGCUGGUCUAUCAGGAGCACAAUGAACGAAACUACCACGUGUUUUACUACCUGCUGGCAGGAGCGACAGACGAAGAGAGGGAAGCCUUUCACCUCAUGAAGCCUGAAGAAUACCAUUACCUCAGUCAGAUGACAAAGUCCACCCAUCAACUGCACUGGGACAGUUACUGUGAGAGUGAAGCGGACUGCUUCACAGUAGAAGGAGAAGACCUGAAGCAUGACUUUGAGAGACUUCAGCUGGCCAUGGAGAUGGUGGGCUUUCUUCCUUCCACGCGCAAAAAGAUCUUCUGCCUGCUGUCGGCCAUCCUUCACCUGGGAAACAUCCGCUACAAGAAGAAAACCUACAGGGACGACUCUAUCGACAUCUGUAACCCAGAGGUGCUGCCUGUGGUCUCCGAACUGCUGGAGGUCAAAGAAGAGAUGCUGUUUGAAGCUCUGACAACACGGAAGACAGUCACCGUCGGAGAGAAGCUGAUUGUUCCUUACAAACUUUCCGAGGCUGGUACGGUGCGAGACUCCAUGGCGAAGUCCCUCUACAGUGCUCUGUUUGACUGGAUCGUCUUCAGGAUCAACCACGCUCUGCUCAACAUCAAGGACCUGGAGGAGACCACCAAGAUCUUGUCUAUCGGAGUGCUCGACAUUUUCGGGUUUGAGGAUUACGAGAACAACAGCUUCGAGCAGUUCUGCAUCAACUUUGCCAACGAGCGUCUCCAGCACUACUUCAACCAGCACAUCUUCAAGCUCGAACAAGAGGAGUACAGAGCAGAGGGCAUCAGCUGGCACAACAUCGACUACAUCGACAAUACAGGCUGCCUCAACCUGAUCAGCAAGAAGCCCACAGCUCUGUUCCACCUCCUAGACGAAGAGUGCAAUUUCCCUCAAGCCACCAACCAGACUUUGUUGGAUAAGUUCAAGCGGCAGCAUGAGGGGAACAGCUACAUCGAGUUCCCUGCCGUCAUGGAGCCCGCCUUCAUUAUCCGACACUAUGCCGGCAAGGUCAAGUACGGGGUCAAGGAUUUCAGGGAGAAGAACACGGACCACAUGCGUCCGGACAUCGUGGCUUUAUUAAAGAGCAGCAAGAACGCCUUCAUCUGCGGGCUGAUGGGCAUCGACCCGUCGGCCACUUUCCGCUGGGCGGUGCUCCGAGCCUACUUCAGGGCCCUGGUGGCUUUCAGAGAGGCUGGGAAGAGACACACGCAGAAGAAGACUGGGCAUGAUGACGCUGCUCCCUGUGCAGUUUUGAAAAGUGUGGAUAGUUUUAGCUUUCUGCAGCACCCUGUGCAUCAGAGAAGCUUAGAGAUCCUGCAGAGAUGCAAAGAGGAGAAGCACAGUGUGACCAGAAAGAGUCCACGUACGCCGCUGUCAGACCUUCAAGGCAGCAACACCAUCAAUGAGAAAUCACCACGGAGUUCUCCGGGUCUCGGCUGGAACGGGCGGGUGGGUCGACUGAGCCGCUUGUCAACCGGCGGCUCCACCACAGAAGAAGACGGCAUCUUCGUCAACUCUGCCAGCAGCAAACUCCUGGAGAGAGCCCACGACAUCCUCAUGAGGAACAAAAACUACAAAUCUAAGCCAGUUCUUCCAAAGCAUUUACUGAACGUCAAGUCCCUGAAGUACCUCAGCAACCUCACGCUUCACGACCGCAUCACCAAGUCGCUGCUUCACCUCCACAAGAAGAAGAAACCACCCAGUAUCAGUGCACAGUUCCAGGCCUCUCUGUAUAAGCUGAUGGAGACUCUGGGUCAGUCAGAGCCGUAUUUUGUCAAGUGCAUCCGUUCCAACGCUGACAAGCUGCCCUUGAGGUUUAAUGAUAACCUGGUGCUGAGGCAGCUGCGUUACACCGGUAUGCUGGAGACUGUGCGCAUCCGACAGUCGGGCUACAACAUCAAGUACAGCUUCAAGGAUUUUGUUCAUCACUUCAGUGUGCUGCUCCCAGAAGGCACCAGACCCACCAGAGACGGCAUCCAGCAGAGUCUGGACCAGCUAGACCUCGAACCAGAUGGGUACCAAGUGGGAAAGACAAUGGUGUUCUUCCGGGAGGCUGAGCGCCAGCGUCUGCAGGCCGUUCUCCACGCCGAAGUGUUCAGACGCAUCGUCACGCUGCAGCGGCGAUUCAGAGCCCUGCUGGAGAGGAAGCAGUUUGCGAGAAUGAGAGAAGCAGCGACCUGCAUCCAGAAAUGGUGGCGUUUGUACCGGCCCAUAGACGAGGUGGAGGAUUAUGACCCUAGAGUCCAGGAGGGGGCAGCAUUGUGUCUGCAGACACACUGGCGAGGUUACAGGGAGCGUCAGAGGUUCAGGCUGUGGAAGGAGGCUGCUCUGGUGCUGCAGAGGGCCUGGAGGUUGUGGCUCCACCGGCGCUGCACAGCAGCUCUGGUCAUUCAGACGGCGUGGCGCUGCCAUCAAGCCAGAGACGCCUAUUUACGUCUGUAUGACGCUGUGCUACAACUACAGGCAAUUAGCAGAGGCUUCCUGGCCAGGCUGAGCUUCAAAGAACUGAAAGAACAGAGACUGAGGGAGGAGAAGGAGCAGCAGGAGAAGUUGCUUCAACUCCAGAAUGGCCAGGUGAGUCUCUCGCCGAAAGAAGAGGAGCCUCCUGAGAGGAUCAUGGGUUUGGACCUCAGCACGUGGGAGGAUCGCUCCUACGAACAGCGAGAACGGAGCCUCCAAAUCCUCAGCAGCCACGAGGGCGCCGUCAAAGAGGAAGUAGAAGAAGGAGAACACGCCCGGACAAGGGAGAGCCCCUAUAAAGCUCAAACUGAAGCUUUCGACCCGAUCCAGACCUCCACCGUGGUGGUUCGAGAGAGGUCCAGGACUUUAGAUGAGCCCAGCCAGAGGACCACUCGGGCCAAGAGAGAGAGCCGGAGGAUGAGAGAGUUGGAGCAGGCCAAGUUCAGCCUGGAGCUCCUCAAGGUCCGGGCGACCAGCGGGGAGCCGUCCCCGUCCGAGGAACGGCGCUGGUCCGUGGAGCUGGUUGCCCCGGCGACGCCACCUCUCGGUUCACCGCAGGGCACGCCGGACAGCCAGAGCUCCAAAGGCAGCUUCGAGCUCCUCAACAUGUACGACGAGCCCCCGAAGGCUGUAGAAGAGGUGACCGACAGCGAGGACCUCUGCUCCCCUCUUCUCCCGGUAGCUCCAGUACCUGAGCCCAGUGUGGAGGUUGUUUCAACGAGCCCAAAACCAUUAGAGCCGCACAGGACAGAUACAGUCGCCCACCAAGGCAAACUGGAUCCGGCAGCCAACUCUGCACCCACACAUCCGCCCAAAAUCGAGAACUACCUCCCUACCUUUUACGUCCCUGCUAGUGAGUCAGUCGUCUCCCGUCGUCCUGCUGAAGAGCCCAAACAAAACAUGGAGGCAGCCGUCUCCACAACAAUAAACACCACAACCACCACCACUGUCACAAAACCUCUCAAGGAAAGGCGGGAGUCAUCGCGGCGACCGGUGGUGGUGGUCAUCAGCAUGCAGAAGGAAACACCAGUAAGCCCAGAGCUGGCUGGUAUUGUCCGUCCCCCUGUAGAGGUUCGAGACUCUGUGGCUCAGACGGGCGAGAAACCAGACCCAGCUCCCGUCCCCGGGUCUACCUCUGUCCCUCAGGCUGACCAGGCGAUCAUAGAGAAGCUGGUGCGACUGAACGAGGAGAAGGAGGUGAGGCAGCGUAAUCAGCAGCAGCAGAACGAGAAGGAGAUGAUGGAGCAGAUCAGACAGCAGAAGGAGGUGCUGGAGCAACAGCGUCUUUUCUUCGCUCAGUACGAGAGAGACAUGUUUGAGAAACAACGAGGAGAAGCUCUGCACAGGAUCCAGCAGAGUCGACAGGGCGGGCAAGAUGUCGUUGCCUCCGUGACCUCCGGGGAGCCCCGUAGACCCAGCUCCCUGCUGAUCGAGAGAACAGCAGGUCUCGCUCCUCAUGUCAGAACACAGUCGGACUCCACCGCACCAUCGGUGCACUCUGCCCCGGGUGUGGUCAACAAGGGCAAGGCCCGUCACCCACAGCUGCCCCCUCCACCUGCUUCUGUUCCCAGAGAAAGGCGCAGGGAGAGCAGGCCCGCUGCGGAGGGCUGGGCGCCAAAACUCACGCUGGAGUCCAAAGAUGGAGGAGGAACCAGAGCGAGAACAGUAACCAGGAAGACACCAAGUGAUCAAGUAACCACAGUUAGUCUGACGGAGAAGCCGAACAUCUUCUUCUCCCCAAAGGACAAAGUCACAUUUACAAAGUUUGUCAGUGAUGCUGCCUCUAAAGAAACGCCUGCGUCCAUUCCCAGAGAAGCACCGUCACCAGUCUCCAAGCCUUCUAAAGGGGCAAAAACGCGCGAGGUUGGCAGAGCGGGCCAAAAAAAGAAGGUCCGAAUGGCACGGACCCGCUCCGACUUCCUCACCCGCGUCCCCAACUCGGUUGGGGGCGAUUCAGACGAGGAUGACUAUGGAGACGACAGCAGCCCCCGUCAUUACAGUCUGCCCCUCUCCAGACAGAGCUCCACGGAGGCGGGCUUAUCAAAGUCCUGUUUCAGUGACUCAGACAUGCCUGCAAGCUCUGAGGAGCAAAAGAAGAUACACAAAGCCAUGUCGUCAGGAGAUUUGGUCAAAUCGGACUCUAUGCGCAAGAACUCUCAAGAUGGAAGGGGUCGUAAGAUGCGUUUCUGGGGCAAGUCAAAGUACGGGGAUAAGAAGUCAUCCAGAGAAAAGCUGAUCUGCGGAGGUGAUUCCCUGGAUGGAGACUAUGGAGACACUGGUCCACUGCUGGGAGAUGGUCAGGAGAACAUGUCCCCCUGCAGCCCCGACCUGGUGUUUGAUCGAGGAUUCAGGGACUUGAAGGAGAACAAGGAGCCGUCUCCCAAGGUGAAGCGGCGGCGCAGCGUUAAGAUCAGCAGCGCGGCUCUGGAGCCGGCUCAGUGGCAGAACGACGCGCUGCAGAUCCUCACCUGCACCAACGACUACAGGAGCAUGAACGAAUUCCUCAUGAAGAAGAUCAAUGACUUGGACACUGAGGACAGCAAGGACACCAUGGUGGACGUCGUGUUUAAAAAGGCUUUGAAGGAAUUCCGUCUGAACAUCUUCAACUCUUACUCCACAGCGCUAGCGAUGGAUGACGGUAAGAGCAUCCGCUACAAAGACCUCCACGCUCUGUUUGAGGACAUCUUGGAGAAGACCAUGCGUCAGGAGCAGAGGGACUGGAGAGAGUCUCCUGUCACGGUCUGGGUCAACACCUUCAAGGUUUUCCUGGAUGAGUUCAUGACUGAGUACAAACCUCUGGACAGCACAUCCAGCAAGCAGGUACCUAAACCUGAACGCAAAAAACGGAGGAAAAAGGACACAGACAUUGUGGAGGAGCAUAACGGCCACAUCUUCAAGUCCACCCAGUACAGCAUCCCCACAUACUGUGAAUACUGCUCAUCACUCAUCUGGAUGAUGGACCGGGCCUGUGUGUGCAAAUUGUGCCGGUACGCCUGCCACAAAAAAUGCUGCCAGAAGACGACCAGCAAAUGCAGCAAGAAGUUUGAUCCAGAGCUUUCCUCCAGACAGUUCGGAGUGGAGGUUUCUCGUCUGACUAAUGACGAGAGGACGGUGCCCCUGGUAGUGGAGAAGCUCAUCAACUACAUUGAGAUGCAUGGGCUCUACACUGAAGGAAUAUACAGGAAACCAGGAUCCACCAACAAAAUUAAGGAACUUAAGCAUGGACUCGACACAGAUGUUGACAGCAUGAAUCUGGACGACUACAACAUCCACGUCAUCGCUAGUGUUUUCAAGCAGUGGCUGAGAGACCUGCCUAAUCCUCUGAUGACAUUUGAGCUGUAUGAGGAGUUUAUACGUGCCAUGGCUUUGCAGGACAAAAAGGAAACGAUCAGAGGGGUGUAUUCAGUUAUUGACCAGCUAAGCAGAACUCACCUAAACACUAUUGAACGCCUCAUUUUUCAUCUUGUCAGGAUCGCCUUACAAGAGGACACCAACCGUAUGUCGGCUAACGCCUUGGCUAUAGUUUUUGCUCCCUGUAUCCUGCGCUGUCCUGACACCAUUGAUCCACUGCAGAGUGUCCAGGACAUUGGCAAGACGACUGCGUGUGUAGAAGUCAUCAUUUGUGAACAGAUGAAUAAGUACAAAGUUCGACUGAAGGACAUCAGCAGCCUGGAAUUUGCAGAGAAUAAGGCCAAGUGCAGACUGACCCUCAUUAGACGGUCGAUGGGAAAAGGCCAUGUACAGCGACUGAGCUACCACACGCCCUCGCCUCCGGUUAGUCCGCGGCUCCCAUCUGUGGCUGAACCAGUUAUAGAAAAGAGCGGCAGUGAAGAAGGAGAGGACUCAUUUGGCGAAAUUUCAGAGCACCAGCAGGCGGCCAUGCAGCAGGAAGAGAGAGUGCUGACGGAGCAAAUUGAAAGCCUGCAGAAAGAGAAAGAGGAAUUGACUUUUGAGAUGCUGACUCUGGAGCCACGAGCAUCGGAUGACGAGACCCUUGAGUCGGAGGCUUCUAUUGGUACAGCCGACAGCUCCGAAAACCUCAACGUGGACUCUGAAGGAAUCAUUUCUGACUUCUCUGAAAAAGGUCCAGCGUUGACUUCCCCCUGGCCUCGGAGGUCUGAAUUUACGAGCCCCCGACACCGCGCUCUCCGCCGGCAGCCCGACUCCCUGGACUCUGUGGACUCUUCUUCCGGUGUUUCCUCCUACUCUUCCUCAUCACACUUCCACCCAUCGUCCUCUUCCUCCUCUGCCAGCACCCGACGUUUUCGUUUCCACUCCAAGUCUCCCACCAUAUGCUCAGGUCCGGCCCAGGCCCAGGCUCUGAAUGCAUCUCAAGCCUCCCGAUCCGACAACAUAGACAGUAGCCCUACAGGAGAUCAGGAAGGAGCGUAUGACGAAAGGCCCCAGUAUACCAGCAGGGGCACCUUCAAUCCAGAAAAGGGCAAACAGAAACUUAAAGGGGCCAAGCAAUCUACCCGGAGGCACUCCAGAGAAGGCACUGGCCACGGCAGGGACCCUCCAGACAUACCGCAGCAGCUGGUAUUGUAUGGCAGUAAUGAAUUCAUGGUAUGAAGGACACUGGGACACCAAAGCACUCCCUAUCCAACUCCCUGUCAGGCGUGUACGUUCUCAAUGGGGAAGUAACGCAAUGGCGACUGAUCUCCACUCCUCAAAGCACUUUUGCUUAGCCUUUCUUUGAGUCUGCAAAAAAAGUGUUCCCAAGUGCCGUGUACAGUGUUUCCAACUCCAAAGAGCGGGGAGAGCAGUGAAAAAGGCUCCUCUUCUGUGGACUAAACUGCCGCCCAUGCUCUCACAGUGCCUCGGCAGCUCUUCACUCGGCGCCAAGAGGAGACGCACUGAGCAGGAGGACAGAGAAAAGGGAAUGUUGGAAUAUGCGGAAGACCACUAAGCAUCAGGGAACGUUACGGAGCUGGAAAGCUGAAGCAGUAUACUUUUAAGUAAAUGAGAAGAAAUCAGGCAACAUGAGGCGUCACGGAUGUUACAGUGAACGUAAAGCUCACAAUUAUUAGCUGCUUUAUGAGUUUACAGUUCAUAACAAUCAGUGUAAGCAGUGGUUGAUCUGUUACUACAAAUUUAUUUUGCCCUUAUUUAAUUAAUUUUAAUGGCACAGAAAUUCUUUAUAGCAUAUAAUAUACAGGUAUAAAUACUGUACAAAGCCGGAACACCAGCUUUUGCUGGGUAGGGUAGUUGAAGUCAAAUAUUUAUCUUUUUUUUUUUUUUUUUUUUUCUUCUAGAGUAUCUUGGACAGAGAUGUACGGAUUUGGGCGGUGGAUGAAUUACGUGUGUGUGUGAGUGUGUCUGCAUGUGCCGAGUGCUCAUGCAGCUUGACUGUUUGUAUGUGUGAGAAAGAGAGAAACCACUUCACGUGUUUUAAGUUUGUGCUGCUUUUUCCCCCUUACAAGGGAAAUAACGCCAUCAAAGGGACCAAGUCAGCUGGUGUUCAUUCCAGCCAAAGGGGAUCCCAGCUCUGUAAAAAAUGUCGGAUGUGUAUAAAAUCCCUGCAUUCACUGCUUAACAGCCAUAUUACAAUUAUAAUUGUACAGUACAGUUCAUAUGUACAGUAUAGUGGACAAAUGCCAUUUUAUUCUUGAAACCUAUUGUUACCCCUCCACUCUCAAACCCAUCCCCACCUCCUGUCUCUAAAGUGUUUGCUCAAUAGCAACCAAGAAAGAACAUAAAAUCA